AUGGCCACGCUGGUGUGCCGGGUGCAGCUGCUGGAUGACACCGACCCCUUCAACAGCACCAACUUCCCUGAGCCCACCCGGCCGCCGCUGUACACCUUCCGGGAGGACAUCCCGCUCGCCACCCAGCUGGCCGGGGUGCACCGCCUCCUCCGCGCCCCGCAGAAGCUUGACGACUGCACCCUGCAAUUGUCUCAUAAUGGUACCUAUCUGGAUCUAGAAUCCACCCUAGCAGAGCAAAGAGAUGAACUAGAAGGUUUCCAGGAGGAUGCUGGGAGGGGCAAGAAGCACAGCAUAAUUCUGAGGACCCAGCUCUCAGUGAGAGUCCAUGCCUGCAUUGAAAAACUUUACAAUUCCAGUGGACGGGAGCUGAGACGGGCACUUUUUUCCUUGAAGCAAAUAUUUCAGGAUGACAAGGACUUGGUUCAUGAGUUUGUUGUUGCUGAAGGUCUGACCUGCUUAAUCAAAGUGGGAGCAGAAGCUGACCAGAAUUAUCAGAACUACAUCCUGAGAGCCUUGGGCCAGAUAAUGCUUUAUGUCGAUGGCAUGAAUGGAGUGAUAAAUCAUAAUGAAACCAUCCAAUGGCUGUACACGCUUAUUGGCUCAAAGUUUCGCCUGGUGGUAAAGACAGCACUGAAGCUGCUGCUGGUGUUUGUGGAGUACACAGAGUCCAACGCACCACUUUUGAUCCAGGCAGUAUCCACUGUGGAUGAAAAGAGAGGAGCCAAGCCAUGGUCCAACAUCAUGGAGAUUCUGGAGGAGAAGGAUGGGGUUGAUACGGAACUACUGGUUUAUGCAAUGACCUUGGUUAACAAGACGCUGUCAGGAUUGCCAGAUCAAGACUCUUUCUACGAUGUGGUGGACUGUCUGGAAGAGCUAGGCAUCGAAGCUAUUUCACAGAGACACUUGAACAAGAAAGGAACAGACUUGGACUUAGUUGAGCAAUUUAACAUUUAUGAGGUGACACUGAGGCAUGAAGACGGAGAUGAGGGUGCUGAGCCCCCACCCAGCGGGCGCAAGGAUCGGAGGAGGGCCAGCCUCGGUGCCGGCGAGCGCAGGGGGCUGGAGCGCCGGCGGAGCCGCAGGCACUCGGCACACAACAACGUCAAGAGCACUUUAUCAGCCCCUGCCAGCCCCUGCGGGCAGUCCAGCUUCGGAAUAAAACCACAACAAAUCAGAUCUCUUAGAGACGAGUACGAAGAGGAGGAAGAAGAACAGCCAGUCACUGAGCCCAAUACUGAGGAUGAGGGGGAGGAAGAGGCCAAUAGGCAGUGCUCUGACUCUUCAGCUGUCUCCAGUGCCAUUUCUCCACCUGAGAGGCCUCUCACCUGCUCUAGAGCAAAGAGCUUUUCUAGCAACUCCUCUUCCGUGCCUGACUCAUCUGUCUCUCAUCAUAAUUCUGUCCUUUCAUCACCAUCUUCACCUGCAACAGCAUUGCUGAGCUCUCCACAAAAUUCCUCAGCAUCUAUUACUCCAAAGGCAUCUCCAACAGUGGAGAAAUUGCCUUAUGUACCACACACUCCUUUUCACCUCUUCUCGUAUGACUUUGAAGACUCUCCAGCAUCUGUGAAAGAGAAGGAAGCAGAAAUGAUGAGGGAAAACAGUCCUUCUGAAGGAUUUACUGUUGCAUGCCCGUUUGCUGAUCUCCCUUUCUCCUUCUUUUCUUCCCAUUUCAUCAGAUACAAUAGCUAUGGCAGCAGCUCUUACUCUUCCCCACGACCUUAUGCUGGUGUGAGUGCCCCUACAACACCCACUACUCGUUAUGGGACAACUCUGUCACCGCCUCAGGAGACCAAAUCUGACAGGCCAGCUUUGGGUGGUCUCCUUACAUCAUCUUUUCGGCAGCACCAGGAGUCCUUGGCAGCAGAAAGAGAACGACGGCGUCAGGAGAGAGAAGAAAGGUUGCAAAGGAUAGAACGUGAAGAAAGAAACAAAUUCAACCGGGAUUAUUUAGACAAAAGAGAAGAACUAAGACAAGCAAGAGAAGAGAGAUACAAAUACUUGGAGAAGUUGGCAGCAGAGGAGUAUGAGAAGGAGCUGAAGAGUCGGAGUGUCAGCCGAGGCAGAAGUGAGCUGUCCUUGAACCUGAGAUCUCCUUCAGCUCCAUCCUCACCUGUACCCAAGUGCAUCAGCCCAGCAUCCAUAGAGUCCCAGGAAGAGUUGAAGACCCCUUCCAUCCCGUGUGGAACUCCUCAGGCCUCAGAAGUGAGUGCCAGUGAACCCGAACCAGAGACAGAGACAGAACCAGAACCAGAGCAGGAGGCUGAGGCUGAGGCCAAGCAGGGAACGGAGACACCCAAGGAAAUAGAGGCUGCAGAGGUGGGACCAGAGAGUGAGGUGGAGCAAGGACCAGAGAGAGAGCCAGAAGAAAGUGCAAUACUCAGUGAAAAGGAGAGGCAGAAUGAGGAAGUGAAUGAAAAAGACAACUGUUCUGCAUCCAGUAUAUCCUCAGCAAGCAGCACUUUAGAGAGGGAAGAGAGAGAGGACAAGUUAACCAGUGACAAUGAAACUGGUCCAUGGUCACAGACCAUUCAGGAUGCUGGUGUGAAUGAGCAGUGCAGCAACAUCCUCAACAACAAGCGGUUUAUGCUGGACAUGUUGUAUGCGCAUAACAAAAAGCCCAAAGAUGAAGAGGAGAAGGAGCUGGAGGCGAAGGAGGAAAAGAAGGAGACGGAGGAAAGUGAGGAGUCACUCACUAGCCUAGCCAGCAGGAUCUCUAUUCUUCAGGCCACAAAGCAGGCCAAAGAUGAAAGUGUCAAAAAGAUGGAGAUUGGAAAUCUGGACAACCAAGGCAGUGUGAAAGCCUUUGCAGAAAAAUUUAACAGUGGUGAGCUGGCUAAGGGGACAGCAGUGCCUGAAGAUGAAAUCAGUGAACAGGUCCCCGAGAAAACACCAGCACAGCCAAAGAAGGAAUCUGAUUACAUCUGGGAUCAGCUCAUGGCUAAUCCUCGAGAACUUAAAAUCAAGGACAUGGAUUUUACAGACUUGGGGGAGGAGGAUGAUGUAGAUGUGUUGGACAUGGAUAUGGGUCCUGGGGACUCCCUUGCUCCCCCUCCUCCACCUCCACCUUCUUUUCUGGGUUUGCCUCCUCCACCACCUCCCCCCUUGUUUGGAUGUCCGCCUCCACCACCGCCCUCUGGUAAUUUAUUGGCUCCUCCUCCACUGUUCAGCACUCCUCAGGGUUUAGGGUCACCCCAGGUUUCUCGGGGUCAGCCAGCAUUUAUAAAGAAGAAGAAAACCAUCCGUCUGUUUUGGAAUGAGGUACGGCCGUUUGAGUGGCAGUGUAAAAACAACAAACGCUGCAGAGAAUUCCUGUGGUCGAAACUGGAACCCAUUAAGGUAGACACUUCCAAACUGGAGCAUCUCUUUGAGUCUAAAUCCAAAGAACUGCCUGUCACAAAGAAAACUGCUGCAGAUGGGAAGCGACAGGAGAUCAUUGUUUUGGACUCAAAGCGGAGCAACGCCAUUAAUAUUGGCUUGACUGUGCUGCCCCCUCCCCGCACCAUCAAGACUGCUAUUUUGAACUUCGAUGAAUAUGCCUUAAACAAGGAAGGAAUAGAGAAAAUCCUGACCAUGAUCCCCACCGAGGAGGAAAAGCAGAAGAUCCAGGAGGCCCAGCUGGCAAAUCCCGAUGUCCCCCUGGGCAGCGCUGAGCAGUUCCUUCUCACCCUCUCCUCCAUCAGCGAACUCUCCGCCAGGCUCCAGCUCUGGGCUUUCAAGAUGGACUAUGAGAUAGUGGAAAAGGAAGUUGCAGAACCACUGCUAGACCUGAAGGAGGGAAUGGACCAACUGGAGCACAAUAAAACUUUGGGAUUUAUCCUUUCUACUCUGCUAGCCAUUGGGAACUUUCUGAAUGGAACCAAUGCCAAAGCUUUUGAGUUGAGCUACCUCGAGAAGGUUCCAGAAGUCAAGGACACAGUGCACAAACAGUCCCUCCUGCACCAUGUCUGCACUAUGGUGGUAGAAAAGUUCCCAGACAGCACUGAUCUUUAUUCAGAGAUCGGGGCCAUCACUAGGUCAGCCAAGGUUGACUUUGAACAACUCCAGGAAAACUUGUGUCAGAUGGAAAGACGGUGCAAAGCAUCAUGGGAUCACCUUAAGGCUAUAGCAAAGCAUGAAAUGAAGCCAAGUCUAAAGCAAAAAAUGUCUGAGUUCCUUAAAGACUGUGCAGAAAGAAUCAUAAUCCUGAAGAUUGUUCAUAGAAGAAUAAUUAACAGGUUUCACUCAUUUUUGUUAUUUAUGGGCCAUCCACCCUACGCGAUACGUGAAGUCAACAUCAAUAAGUUCUGCAAGAUUAUUAGUGAGUUUGCUCUGGAGUACCGCACCACCAGGGAACGAGUCCUGCAGCAAAAACAGAAACGAGCUAACCACAGGGAAAGAAACAAGACCAGAGGGAAAAUGAUAACAGAUACCGAUGAAGAAGAGGAUGUUGAGUCUGGCAAGUUCUCCAGCAGCUCCCCGCCCUGCCAGAGCCAGCCCCAGGGCCUGCAGUAUGCCGAGGAUGCUGCUGAGCACGAGAACAUGAAGGCUGUGCUGAAGACCUGCUCCACAGGGGGGGACAGCACCAUGGCCCUCGGCGUCCGCACUCGGAGCCGCGCCAGCCGAGGCCGUAUCGGUUCAUGGAACGCUGGCAACGACGACUCACCGAACGCGACGGAUGACGCCGCGGAUGAGAUCAUGGAUCGCAUCGUCAAGUCCGCCACCCAAGUGCCAAGCCAGCGAGCAGUGCCUAGAGAGAGGAAGCGGUCACGAGCAAAUAGGAAGUCAUUGAGAAGGACACUAAAGAGUGGGCUAACACCAGAAGAAGCCAAAGCACUGGGCCUCAUCAGCACUUCUGAGAUGCAGGUUUGACAUCCCAGAGGUGGCCACAAGAAGAGCUGAUCAUCUGAAGCACACAGGCUGACACCCCUUCAGCGUGGCAUCGGACUGCCAGCCUCCUCUGCUGCUCCCAACAUCCCUUCCUCUGUUAGUUCAAUUUUAAUAAGCAACGAAAAGCAAAACCCCACAUCCAGUGCAGAAGAAGGGUGUGCCACAGCUCAGCAUGACAUCCAGACGGUAACUGAGGAAGCAUUUGAGUGUUCCUAAGUGAAAGCACAUGACUUCUUGUUCUUCUCCUCAUGAUGUGUUGAUGUGGG